AUGUCACGUAAAGAAGUUUCCGCCUUUAUAACAAAGCUGCUGUGCCGAAACCGGGGAUGUAUGGAGUACGAUGAGAUUUACCAUGAUGUGCGCCGGCGGUACAGCCUGAGCGGCGAGGCGCUCGUCGCCCUCCUAGGCGACGGCUCCAGGUUCGUCGUCACGGGCGACAGUAAGCAGUCGAGGGAGCGCGCGGGUCCGCAGUCGAGGGAGCGCGCGGGUCCGCAGUCGAGGGAGCGCGCUGGUCCGCAGCCAGGCGCCGGCAGCAAAGUCAUCGCCAAGACGUCAGUGCGCCUUUGCCAAAGACAGAAGUGCGACGGCGCCGCCUGCAGUAAUCUCCACCUGUGCUGGUAUUUAGUUCGCGGACAUUGCGGACGCGGGAAAAAAUGCAAAUACUCCCACAAGGUUCACUCCUCCCACAACUCCAGCAUUUUGACAGAAGAAGGAUUGCAAGACCUUGACCCGCCGGAGCUGUUCCUGCUGCUGCUGCAGAAUGACAGUUGCCUGCUGCCUGAUAUCUGCUCUCAUUACAACAAUGGCAGUGAUAAGCACGGCUCCUGCAGAUAUAAGAACAAGUGCUUCGAGCUUCACAUUUGCAAGCAUUUCCUGCAAGGAGAUUGCAUUUUUGCCAGUAAUUGUCGACGCGCCCAUAGAUUUGACGAAAAGUCUAUAAUGAUACUGAAAGAAAAGGGUCUUAAAGUAGACCUAAAGAGUGAGGGCAUCCUGUAUGAGAUCUACAGGAACCGCUUCAUGAUCGCCAGCGAUUUGGAGAAAGCAGCAGAAAGUUGGAUGUCCGAAUCAUCAUCAUCCGCCAUGAAGGUCGUUGCGGCAAACAAUAGUGACAUCUGCAUCUAUUUUAUUCUGGGCCAAUGCAGAUACAAAGAAACGUGCAGAAAUAUGCACUAUGAGCUGCCUUAUCGAUGGCAGAUCUUAAACAGCGAUGGUGUGACUUGGGACGACCAUCCCAACAUGGAGGAUGUGGAAAGAGCCUACAGCAAUCCAGAAAACGACGUUAGUGAGGGGCUCCCUGCUGUAAAUUUCCUCACCAUGGAAUGUGGAUCAGCUGAAGUCCGUCGCCUCUCCACACUGUCCGCUGUCACCAAGCACUCUAGUCUCUUACUUACUACAGAAUGGCUCUGGUACUGGAAGGACAGCAAAGGGCAGUGGAGACAGUAUGGGUGUGAGACGGAGCAAACAUCUGAAGCUUCAAAUUCAUCUCAUACUCUGGAAAAAAAUUACCUAAAUGACAUCAACGGCAGAGUGUGCAUCUCUUUCAACAGAAAGGAGUUUAUCAUCAACUUUAAGGAAAUGCGUGAGCAGGACCCCGAUACCCAAGCUAAGACCGAGGUGAGAAGACGACCACGCUUCGUCUCUGCCAGCGAAGUUGAAAGGAAGCGGAGCAGCAGGGUCACUGAGCUCCAGUCCGGUCACCCUGAUUCACCACGGAAAGGAGGCAAAAUUUGAACCAGAAACCUGGAGGUGUGAUUGACUACGCUAGCUAAUAAUAUUGUAAUAGUUCAUAUUUCAAAAACAUGGUAGCUGGGUGCUUCAAUGAAUUGUUAUAUCAUUAUAGCAGAAUUUUACAGAUUUAACACUCCACAAAAAAAUAAUGUAUAAAUUUUUUUUUUCUUGAAUUUCCAGAUAUUUAUGACAUAUUUUUAAUCUCUACACAUUGAUGCAAAUUAAAUAAUUACAAAAAUUAAAUGCUGUAGCGGAGGCGAGAUUCGGAGUAGCGAACUGUUGUAAAUGUUGAUUCUUGUGUUGUAUACUUUACCUGUGUCUGUAUUCGGUCCUCACCUGAUCCUCGCGUGUCUUAGCCGUUGUUACAGUCCUACCAUGUACGUGUGAUCACCCUGCGUUUGCUUGCCACGUGUAUCGCUGUAUUGUAGUGGCCCUUUUAAGGACUACAUUAAAAUAGCAACUUUAGUGCCA